GCCAUCAGAAGUUAUCUGGAACCAGCGCCUGUCUGUGGUGCUAUUUCUUUCUUGUCAGUUCCCCUUUCUGCAUUUGAGUUCUAGUCUCAGCCCUGACAUUAUUUCUUUCUCUACAAAGAGUGUUAGGAAGUUAUGGGGAGCUCACAAAGGCUCCUUAUCGUUUAUUCUUAACACCUUGUUUCUGUGUUCCUCGGGAAUGUCACUGAGCUUAUACAUCUGGUCUCUGGGAGCUGCAGUGGAUGGGCAUUUGUGACAGCACUAUGGAACUGAGUCACACUCUCCUUGUGAUGGCCCUCCUGCUCUCUGGUGUUUCUUCCAUGAAGAGUCAAGCAUAUUUCAACAAGACUGGAGAACUGCCAUGCCAUUUUACAAACUCUCAAAACAUAAGCCUGGAUGAGCUGGUAGUAUUUUGGCAGGACCAGGAUAAGCUGGUUCUGUAUGAGAUAUUCAGAGGCAAAGAGAACCCUCAAAAUGUUCAUCUCAAAUAUAAGGGCCGUACAAGCUUUGACAAGGACAACUGGACCCUGAGACUCCACAAUGUUCAGAUCAAGGACAAGGGCACAUAUCACUGUUUCAUUCAUUAUAAAGGGCCCAAAGGACUAGUUCCCAUGCACCAAAUGAGUUCUGACCUAUCAGUGCUUGCUAACUUCAGUCAACCUGAAAUAACAGUAACUUCUAAUAGAACAGAAAAUUCUGGCAUCAUAAAUUUGACCUGCUCAUCUAUACAAGGUUACCCAGAACCUAAGGAGAUGUAUUUUCAGCUAAACACUGAGAAUUCAACUACUAAGUAUGAUACUGUCAUGAAGAAAUCUCAAAAUAAUGUGACAGAACUGUACAACGUUUCUAUCAGCUUGCCUUUUUCAGUCCCUGAAGCACACAAUGUGAGCGUCUUUUGUGCCCUGAAACUGGAGACACUGGAGAUGCUGCUCUCCCUACCUUUCAAUAUAGAUGCACAGCCUAAGGAUAAAGACCCUGAACAAGGCCACUUCCUCUGGAUUGCGGCUGUACUUGUAAUGUUUGUUGUUUUUUGUGGGAUGGUGUCCUUUAAAACACUAAGGAAAAGGAAGAAGAAGCAGCCUGGCCCCUCUCAUGAAUGUGAAACCAUCAAAGGGGAGAGAAAAGAGAGCAAACAGACCAACGAAAGAGUACCAUACCACGUACCUGAGAGAUCUGAUGAAGCCCAGUGUGUUAACAUUUUGAAGACAGCCUCAGGCGACAAAAGUACUACACAUUUUUAAUUAAAGAAUAAAGUCCAUAUAACUGUCCAUUGUUUAUAUGCCUUUCCCUUCAAGUUUUGGGCUUACCUUUUUUUGUCUAUUAAUAUUAUUAUUACCAUUAAUAAUAGUGGAGGUUCCAGGACUCCAUCUGAGAAAGCCACCCUGUAAUGCCAGCUCUGCUCCCUACCUCAGGAGCAGACCUUAACUGCUUCUUUUCAUUUCAGAGCAAAUUUGUGCGCCAAGCUCACCUGACUGGCUCCUGGCUCAGGAAUAAUGUUUAAGACUAACACCUCCUGUUUCACAUUCAGCCUUCUUUUCUUAAUUUUAUAAAUUGCGUUUUAUGUAGAACUCCCAAUUACUGGAAUAAUGGCUUUUAUCUAUGAUAAUUCUAAGGUAGUGCCUCAUUCUAUCUUGUAUAUUUGUGACUGAAUAACUACCUCUUCAGUCUUGUGGGAGUUAUAUAUUUUAUGGCUUUUAUAGUAUUGCUAUUAAUAUCUUGAAACAUGAAGAGAUGUGUACUAUAAUAAUGUAAUUACUAUGACCUGAGAAAAUCACUGCUGAGGAGCUCUUGUCCCUCUGUGAAGAUCAGUAGGAAAAUGGUGGCUUGGCGUGCUGACAAUGAUGAGCAGACCAACUCAAAAUUUGGAAAAUUAAGAACAAUGAAGAUGGAAUCAGCUCUGGAUCCUGGAUCCACUUCUAUCUGGGCCCUUGCUAACCUGAGAAGGAUCCGCCUGCGGAACAAGCUAUAGAUAAGCCUUAGCAGAGAACACUGGGUCAAGCACUGCGCAUUGUGAACCUACUUCUCUUCUUGAAAGAAAUGACUGAGAUGAUGAUCCAGGGCAACUAUGCAAGAGCCAACUGAGAGAUCACAACACUCAAAAGAGAAAAAAAAUGAAAGAUCUUGACAACAGAGAUGCACAUGAAUGUCCCGUCUGUCCAGUCCUCUGACAAACCUUGGGAUUAGCAACAGGUAGACAGUCUGUCCAAAAGGACUUAAGACAGACAGCAGCUUCCAUGGUGGUUGGUGAGAAGUUUGGAUAAUAAUCAAGUUAUUGUGAUGUUUCAUCUGGCUGCAGGCAGAGCAGGGGAGGAAGACCUAUCAUCUUGAUAAUGGGAUAAAUGGAAGGAAGCUUAGGACUCUUUCAACUUACUUCUGAGACACAAAGAGCUAGAGUGGAAUCAGGAGGACCAAGAUGUAAAUCAUCUAAAGGCCAACUUAGCUGGCAGGUGCCCUAGGGAGAGAUCAGCUGGCCAAGAGCAGGGCUGGCAAAUUUAUAUCUGAGGACUGUCUAUAUGUCAUUAUAAAUGAUGGGGAAACUGGGUACACGAGAGGACUAUACUAGCCCAGUAGAGAUGAGUCAGAUGACCCUGGCUCUAAAGCAGCAUCACUAAGGGACGAGGCAGCCUCAGUCCAAACCAAGAGAGAACUUUGGGGGGCCCAACCCACAGAAAUAUUUCUUCUUAUUCUACAUAAAGGAAUCUAGAAGGUUGUAGACAGCUGUACUAGCCAUGCUUGUCCUUGUAAUAUUACCAUUUGUGUGUUCUUCCCUGCAUUUGCUUCAUUAGGCCAUAAGCAUCUUGUUGGUUUCUAACAUGUUUCAUAUAGUGAGUUCUUAAUAAAUUUUUCUUAAAUUGA